AUGGCGGAUCUGGUCGUCGAGCGCUUCCAACGUGUGUCCGACGAGUACUGGCGGGAUAUCGACCGGGCAGGCGUCGGCGAAGACUCCUACGAUCUGUGCGUGGAGUACCUCUCUCGCUUCCAAGAGGCGCUGAAGGAGCUGGGGAUGGUCGGCAUCGAGGACCCUCCCGCAGCGGCCGGCUUUGCGGACUGCACGAUCCUCGCCGAGGUCAGCGCGGCGCGCCGCAGUCUCGCUCAAGCGACAGGCAGGUGUCGCGCCGCCGUCAGCCGCAUCGCAGAGACCCUCGCCCGCGCCCAUGCGGACGACGAGGAUGGCACGCGGGACGGCGCCCAGACCGGUGCACUUGGCGUGGCUGGCGGCGCUGAUUGCGCUGGCGGCGCUGGCGGCGCUGGCGCAAGCAGCGCUCGCGGCGCGUCGCCCGUGCUGCAACUCGCGGCCCUGCUGGAGGGGGCGACGAUGGGCGAGAUGCAGAUCGACCCCCCCGCCGCGGGCGGCACGGUUCUGCCGCCUGAGAUGGCGCUCGACUGA